AUGAGUGACCAGUGGUCACCCAACAGAAGGGAGGUUCCGGUGUUGAAGAUCGGCGAUCAAGAGGCGCAACUGUAUCAAGCUGCCUUCUCUACAUUUGGUGGUUCCAUGGGCGUGCGCCCAUUGCGCGAUGAUGAAGAAAGCUGGUAUGACCAGAUUAAGGGCAACUUCAUGUUUCCGGUUGAAGGUGCCUUUGCUUCGCCGCCAACCGCUACUGAAGGCUUGUCGCGUACAGCUAAGGCAAAAACUGGUGCAGGUGGCUCGAAAAGCUCUGGGAGCGCGGGUUCUCGUAACCCUGAUGCUGGCGCGACCCCUGAAGAUGAUGAGGCGGAAGAAGAAGAUGCGGCUGCCCAACUGAUUGGCAGGAAGAGAGGUAGGAGCGAAACCACGGCUGGUGUGGCUUCCGCGCCUACUGCUGUUGUGCUUCCCGUGGUUGGGAAAACGAGCAACUUGCGCUCGUUGUAUAAAUUUUCUCCGGAGAUCAAGAAGAAGACCCCUGAGAAGGGUGUCACGUUCAGUGAGGCUGCGUCGAAGAGGCCGAAGAUUACUAUCAAGUCCUCUGAUACUGCUGCUCAGGACGCCGCGAAGGCUGCUGAGGCGCAGCGAAAGGCGGAGGAGAAUCAGAGGAGAGAAGAAGCAAAGAAGAAGAAGAUUGAGGAGGAGAAGAGGAGGAAGGUUGAAGAAGAGAGAAAGAGGAAGGAGGAGGAGGAGAGAAAAAGGAAAGCGGAGGAGGAGAGGGUGGCCGAAGCGGCGAAAAAGAGGGCCCUGGAGGAGUUGGAAAAGAAGAAGGCUAUGGAGCAGCCUGUUAAUGUUCAAGGGCCUGAGGUUACAAACCCUACCCACUCCGCGCAUGUCAUUACUUCUAAGGGUGCGGGUCGAUAUGCUUCCAGCAGCGCGAGCUCUGGUGGUGCAGGGGGUUUUAACCCAAACGUGAUCGGGGCGAAGGACACCGUUGGCGAUAUCUACUAUAAAACUUACAAUGAAGAAGAACGCGGCGAUGCUCCUCACCAAGCCCCUUGGAGCUUAAAGCAAAAAGAUACAUUUCAUGAAUUUGGCGCUUGCCGCGAGUGGUUUUUGAAUUCGUUUACCCCUGCAGAGGUCAACCGGCAAAGGGCGAAACCCCAUGAAUUGUUAUAUCGCACCUUUAUACUUGGAGAGGCCAACGCUCGUGCUGCCAAUCACCAAAUAGUUCGCGAAUGGCGGACAAUGGUUAGAGAGCGCGCCGACUGGGAGGCUUAUCGUGAGCGCUCGUUAAAACGUAUUGCUGAGUUUGAAAAGUCCAAGGCUGCUCUUGGUGAGGAGAGAGCCAAAUUUGAAGCCGAUAAGAAGGCCGAAGAAUGGGGCCGCGAGGGCCUGCAAAAGAAACUCCACAAUGUUGAGGAGCAACUGGCCAAGGAGAAGGCCGAGUUUAAACGUAUUUGCGCCCAAGACAACGAGCGCGCCUACGCGGCUCGACAGAAGAUUGUUGAUCUUGAGGCUAAAGUUGCUGAUUUGACAUCGAAGGUAGAGGAGGCGCAUGGAGAGAAGGCUGCCAAGCAGCAGAUGGAGGUUGAGUUAUCUGAGGCCAAGGUGCAGCUGUCUAGCAAGGACAGAGAUCUCCACGCCAAGGACGCUGAGAUUGCGGAGCUCAAACGUCGCUUGAACGAGCAAAUCGAUAGAUGUGAGUCAUUGGAGAUCGACCUGGAGGCCGAGAGGGUUAAGGCUGCUACAGCUGAGGAGGCGCGUGCUGUCAGCACUGCCGCGCUUAACGUGGCUCAGACCAACUACUCCGAGGCCCUAGGCAUCGUUGACACGCUUGUCUCGGAGGCUGAAUGGAUGCGCACUCGUGGAGUAGCGCUGGUUGCCAACUCCAUCUUAAAUGCUGGCGAGCUCGAUCGCGCUGUUGCUGCUCUCACGGAUGCGGCGCGUGCGGUGGGUCAUCGAGGAGGUUACUUGGAAUGUGUCAGUCACGUUGAGCAGGUGCUAGGGAAAGAAUUUGAUGUAAGCCAUUGCUCGGUGACUGAACGUGCUGAUGCUGCGCUUGCACAUGCUGAAAACUCGUAUGACAACCUUACCUUGCCUAUCAUGGAUCUGGUUGUGGAAUCUUUGAAAAAAGACGACUGGUGCCAGCGUCUUAAAGCAGUCCUCGACCCGCCAGUUACUGUCGAACUAUCCGAUGAAGAACCAGCUGGUGAUGACGGUGGAGAUGGUGAUGAUGAUGGCAACGAUGACGAUGGUGAGGAUGACGGAGAGGAUGAUGGUGAUCGACGCGAUGAAUAG